AUGAGAAUUCUAGCUGCCCUUUCAAGCUGGACUUGUGCCACCCUGACUCUAGCUUCCUGCUCAGCUGCCUUUCCCCCUGGUGCCAGGACCCAGGCCUGUGAAGACAUGCCUAGGCACACACAAACCCUGCCCAACCACCCUGGCCCCCACUACAUCCAUACUAGCAGGUCUUCCUGCUUGCCAGGAACUAAGAUUCCAGGUUUGUGUGUUACUGUCACAGGAGUUUCCGUUGCUGCGUCUGUCCAAAGCAGUCGUGACUCCAUGGGCUUUCUGCGGCAGGUACGCAGCAGUGGCUGUCACCAGACAGCGGGCACCUUUGUCUUGACUCCUGGCCAUUCUAAACUGAUGACUUGUUUAGAAGAGGCAGAUACUGUCACUCGCUCUGACAACACCCUGAAGAGGACACUUGUGUUCAUAAGGAAAGCCCCUGCCCAGCCUGUGGAGGAUAUUAGAUUCCCAGUAGGUGCUGAGCCCCUGCGGCCUUCCCUGCGCACGACCCACAGUCGUCGGGGGUUCCUCCUGUCAUAUAUCGUGUUGUGGGUCAGGAGUGAAUCACCCUUAGUGCCUCAACAGACACACAGUGUCUCUGCCACCCUCUACUACAUGCAACCUGGGUCGCCAGCACAAGCACCUUACUGGAGGCCAGAUGCUGCCAAAGAACUGGCCCAGAACCAGUUUUUGGCAGAGGGAAUUGUGGAGAUCAGAGGAUUCUUAAGUACAUUGUUAGAUGUGGGCACAGCCAUGUCGAGGACCCUAGUGCCUGAGAUCCAUGGGAAUGUAUAUUGGGAGAUCAUUAGGGUGACAAAGUUAUCAUGAGACACAAAGAGUCUGUCUUAGUCAUCUUCACACACAUCUACCAUCAGUAAAUGCCAGAAACUCGGUAGAGAGAUCAACCCAAUCCUACAACCAUCCCUGGAUGUCUGUAAGUUGGAGACACUUGUGACUCUCAGAAAAGGCUCCCCAGACAGUGUUGCUUCCAUCCCCAGCACCCACCAUAGGACUCAGAAUGGGCUGAGCUUUGAUUCUUUGAAAACCUGCCUGUCCUUGGAUAAGGGCACUGCAGACGGUGGUGUGGGAAACCUUAGCCAGACUGACCUAAGGCUGGAAGUGAAGCUAGAGGGAGCCAGUGCCUCUUUGGUGAUGCAACUUAGAACUAUCAGCUGAUUAACUGGUGAUCAGCUGGGAAUCCUGAUUUGCCUGUCAGCCACCCUGGGUAUGGCCCUGGCUGCUGGACUUUGCCAUCUGUACCCUCAGUCUUACCACCAGCGGACAGAAAGGGUCCUUCAGAUGCUUCUUACUGCAGAUGCUGUUGCCAGGAGUGGCAGUUCGGAGGCUGUGCAUGACAGGACAGGUGAUAACUGA